AUGGCUGAGAUCGAGCUGAUAGACAUUCCCACGUCAUUGAAACCAAUGCCGCACUCUGCUAGCACCCUGCAACCUCUCUCGACGAACGAGCUCGCCACUGGAAGCGAGAAUGACGCUGGCCACAACUCUGAUUUUGAGUUUGGCUCCUGCAACAACACCGUUGCUAUCACGUCCAAGAUCAUGACAAGCCCAUCCGCUGCAAGGAUCGAAGCAGCGAACAGCGGCGCCGACGAGCCGUUGUGCCAACCAUGCGGCAAGCUUGCUUUCGAAACGGAAGAAUUGGUUAAGUGUCAACGCCUGAGUGAUGUGCACUGUGCGAUAUGUACCCGCUACAUGCUGGAUUCAUUGGCAAUGGCACGAUUGAUCGUGAUCGAGGGGCAAGAAGGGGCAUGCGGGGAUUGUCGUUUAGCUCUGGUGGACGGCAGCGAGAAGGUGACGAGAUGUGCUGCCUGCAAUGGGCUGCAAGUCAAGCUGUAG